UACAGCUUUGCUGUGCGUACAUACUGGUCGUCCGUUAGCCUGCUAGCCGUCUUGAGGGUGUUUAUCAUCAUGGAAAAAUGCUCAGCAAAGAGUGUUAUUUUGUACGUCGAUAAAAGAGGAUAUGACGGCGAUGUGGCUAAAUAAUGGGAAACCUUCUCGGAAGAAAUACGCAACCUUCUCGUGUAACGGAACAAGACAAAGCCGUUUUGCAAUUGAAGCAGCAGAGAGAUAAGCUCAAGCAGUACCAAAAGAAAAUCACCUUACAGCUGGAGAAAGAGCGAAGUCUUGCAAAGCUGUUGCUGAAAGAUGGCAGGAAAGAAAAAGCACUGCUGCUGCUUAAGAAAAGAAGAUAUCAGGAUCAGCUGCUAGAUAAGACUGAAAAUCAAAUUUCAAACCUUGAGCGCAUGAUUCAAGAUAUUGAAUUCAUGCAAAUUGAGAUGACAGUCAUCGAAGGACUCAAGGUUGGGAAUGAUUGCCUGAAGAGUAUGCACAAGAUCAUGUCAAUAGAAGACGUGGAGAGAAUCUUGGAUGAGACCCAGGAAUCAAUUGAAUAUCAAAGGCAAAUAGAUGAAAUGCUGGCUGGAGCCCUGACACAAGAGGACGAGGACGCUGUUUUAGCAGAACUGCACGCUAUCACUCAGGGAGAAGAUAUAGCAUUUCCAGAAGUCCCAACUGAGCCAAUACCAGAAGUCCCAGAGGCAGCUAGAGCUCAACCAGAAAGGAGAGGAGGGAAGAACAAGCCAGACAGAGAGAUGCUGGCAGCCUGACAGACUGAAUCAGUGGUCUUUGUUCAGUGUUUUACUCUGUUUAAAUGGAGGAGUUUGUGUUUGCGUGCACAUUCUGCUAAUUUCGGUAUUUAAUCUAGAGCUCCAACGACUAUUCGAUUACAAAAUGAAUCAUUGACUAUUUUAAUAAUCGAUUUAUCGGUUUGAGUGUUUUUUUUUUUUCUAUAAUUAAAACCUUCUUAAAUUUGAA